AUGUCAUUAAGAACUCUCUUUUCAUGUUCCCGAAUUAUUUUGCGCUCACAGACUUCUCACAUCAAGUUAUCACAACAACAAUUAUGUUUUCACAGUAGUCCACAACGUUAUGCAUCCGAUGCAUUUCUACUCAAGGAAUCGGGCAAAUAUUCCUUUGCACAUUCAACGCCACCACCUCCUCAUAUACAAAAGGUUUUUGAAAGAACUCAGAAAGAAUAUCCCUCAGAAGAACAUAUGAUGUCACCACAUUUACAAGGAUCUUUAUUAACUACUCUUUGUAAAAUAAUGAAUGCGAGUAAAGUAUUAGAAUUAGGUUGCUUUACAGGUUAUUCGGCAUUAUGUUUAGCUGAGGGUAUUAAAGAUAAUAAAGGAAAAGUUAUUAGUUGUGAAAAAGAUGAAAAGUUUGCCAAAUUUGCUUUACAGAAUGUGAAAGAAAGCAAUAUGGAAGACUUUGUUGAGAUUAGGGUUGGAGAUGGUUUGAAUACGUUACAAAGCAUUAAAAGAUCCACCCAUUUUGACUUGAUCUUUAUUGAUGCGAACAAAUCAGGAUACGUCGAUUAUUAUGAAACAAUUCUCGAACGUGACCUUCUCUCUAGCAAAGGAGUUAUCAUAGCCGACAAUGUACCUCAUUAUGAUCCGAAUGCACCAGAAACCAGUGAAAAUCAUAUACCGAAACCUUUGUAUGAAAUGGCAAAGAGUUUAAACAGGUUUAAUGAACACGUUACAAAAGAUCCAAGAACUACAAAUGUAUUGGUGCCCGGUUUCGAUGGGUUAAUGUUCAUUCGCAAGAAUUCGGAAUGUACACAAAGAUUUUAUGCUUCAUCUGCUGAUUUGGCUCCUUCUUCAUCCCAAUCUAUAAUCAGUCUAAAUGGAAAGAGUAACAGUACUAAUGAUUUUCCUAAUUAUAAAUGGCCCUUAGAUCAAGAUUCAAUUUUUAAUGAAAGUCCUUUAGAUCAAGAUUCAGUUUUAAAUAAGAAUCAUAAAACUAAUCAUGUUAUAUCUUUAGGAUAUAACUUAUAUAAUAUAAAUGGAUUUAUGAACACUCCUGAAAUUGAAAAGAGCUCAGAUCUAGAAAUUUUUAUUGAAGAUAAUAAUAAUCAAAUAACCAUUAAAGACAACUUAAAAUUCCUAGAAGAAGAUUCUAAUCUGAUAAUUCAGCUUUUGCCAUUCAUAUUCAAAAUUCAAGUAGAUUUUUUAUCAAAGAUCAAUGCUUCUAAUUUAUCAAAUAUUACUAUUAGAAAUAGU